UCUGUUAUCAAGCGAGUGUGUGUGAGUGUGUUAGCGUUAGUCCUUAUCCACGGACCGGUUAGAUAUAUUGCAUUUUCACCCUCCGUGAGCCGAUGGGCGUCAUGGACCCGCACCAGCGUGGUCGCGGCACCUUCUCCCUGGCUACCAGAUAACAGCGCAGCUUAAGAAGGACCGCGAUCACGGACGUUGACGAUGCUAUCAGUUAGCUAUCUAGCUAGCGUCCCUUAGCUACCGUUGGGUUCUAUUGUGAUGAUUUAGCCGAAUAACCUUGGAGCUGGAACCGGGGAUUCUUAUUUUUUAUCCGAUGUUCUCCCGAACGAUGGACUCAAAUAAUCAUUUCAACUAUGACACGCACUCCUCCGCAAACUCAGGACUGAAACUCUCCCCCGGGGAUUCUCUCUAUACUAAUGGCUCCUCCAUGAGUUUUCCUCAGCAGGGCAAGACAGAUAUGAACGGCGAAAUGAAUGUGAACGGUGUCACUACUGUACUCGGGUCCGGCGGGGUUCCUGGUUCACACCCGCCAUCAGCUCCUUACCCGCACAUGAGCAACCACCACCAGAGCAGCAUGGGCUAUGACUACCUGUGGGGGGGUCACCCCCAGUAUGGUCCAGCUAUGGGCAGCUCUCCUGGCCACGGGAUGCACCAGAAGCAGCCUGCACCUGGGAUGGUGCAGCCUCAGUCACAGCACCACUUCCAGGGCCACGGACAGUACCAGCUGAACGGGGGUGUUGACAGCUCCCACCAGCCCCCCGCGUCGGGCCCACCGAACAUGCCCCUUACUGGGAGUCAGUACUGGAACAGGAGUAACCCCGGCCCGCAGCAGAUGAGCUACAACUCCCACAGUAUGUACGGGACUUACCCGAGUCAGGCACAUCCUGGAAUAACACAAUCACAACAACAACAACACCAACACCAGCAGCAGCAGCAGCAGCAGUCUCUACAACCCACCCCGCAUCAGCCGUCACAGCAGCACCUCCACUCCCACCGGCACCCACACCACCACCACCACCACCAGCAGCACCAGCAACCGCAGCAUUAUGGCCUGAUGCCCAAUGGCAUGCCCUACUACCAGCCUCAGCACCCGUCCCUUCCAUCCCCCCAGCAGCAGCAGCAGCAGCCAUCGCCGUCGCUGCACUCCCCGCCCCAGAGCCAGGCUCCGAUGAUGCCCCCGGGCGCUCAGAGUUUUACUCCUUCUUCGCGCGGCAGCCCCCAGCACCACAGUUUAUGCAGAGGGGCCACUGGCAGCCCACUCCCGGUGGGAAUUGCCUCGACGCAAAUGAUGUCACCGCCAACAGCGCAGGAGAGUGGAUCACCCAAAGGUCACAGCAGGGAGCGGAGCCCCCAUGCUAGCAAUGCGGGGCUGUCCACCGUCAUGCAAGGCCACACAAAAGAAGCUGUCAAGGAGGUUGAUACCAGCUACAACGGUAUGGAAAGAGCAUCUGCUGCCCAUCGGCUACCCAAAAGUUCAUCUCACGCGGGACCUGAUUACCGUCAGCAUUCUGAACGACGGGAAAUGGCCUCCCCGGUCAGAGAGACGGCCGUUAAUACACCCACCCUGUCAGUGUCGUCUCUGCUCUCUGCAUCUACCAAGGCCCCAACCCCUCCUCAGGCCCCUGAGUGUCCCACGUCGGCCCCUGGGCCUCCUCCUUUAUCGCCCCUUGAGGUGGAAUCUACUCCGCCACGACUCUCAACGCCCCCCCAUGUGUCCUCUACUCUAUCUCCAGCUGCUCCUCCCAGACUUUCCUCCUCGCCACUAAUGAAGCACGGCCUCAGGCCUCCCCCUUUGGCCGCGUGCGAGACAUCCUCCAAGCAUCUGUCUUUGGGGUCCUCCUCUUCCUCCUCCCUGCCUGCGUCCCCUCAGAAGUCUUCUACACCUCAUGGUUCAGCUGAUUACAUGUCUAAACCGGAGUCAUCAGACUCUUUGACUCAUCAAGCCACGUCUUCAUUGCCUCCUUCAGCUUCUAGACCUCAAGCAAAUGUCACAACUGCACCCAUCUCGUCUCUUCAGCAAAUGGUGCAAGGGUCCAAGCCACCUCCAAUGACCUCUUGCUUCUCUGAUACGCCUGGAGCUCAGCACGAGCGGUCUGGACCCCCAAAAUUAACGCCUGCUGCCUCAUCAAUGAGGGACAAAACCUCAUGCGCCGGUGUGGCUCCACCUUUAAUUUCAGCAUUGGGAUCUCCAACCUCAACACCACCCAUGGUGUCUUCUACAUCAUCGUCCUCUUCACCCGUCACGUCUGUCCCAAAAACCCUUUUAGCUGGCAGUAGACCAGAUGACCGAGCGUCCUCGCCCCAGACACGCGCUCCGCCAGCUGCUGACCCUGGUCUUUUCCCAGCAUCCUCGUCACCACCAGCAGCCCGCGAAGGCGUCACAAUCCGACCUCCAUCUACCCUACCUCUUCUAACCGCUCAAGCCUCCAGGACUGCACCCUUGUGUGCCCCUCCUGCUUUGGUGUCUCUGACCCCGUCGGUGGGUACGUCCUCUGGAGUGGUCCAGAGUUCUGACUCCGAGCAGCAUCCUCCUAACGCCACUCCUCCCCGCGCGCCGAAGCGGUCGCCGCCGCCACCGCCGAAGUCCGAGCACCGCAGUCCGAGUGAGGAAAGGAAAGCGUCGGCCAGCGAACGAAACGGGACGCCAGAAGAUCACCCUCCUCCUCCUCCUCCCCAAAUCACGCCAUCACAUACGGCGGAAUCUACUGAGACUGAUGCACCUGAAAUUCAAUCACCGAAACUCCUCACCGAUCUUCCCGGGAGACCCCUGCAGACCACGGCCCCUGACAAGAGUAAACCAACCCCCCCUGAAAAGAACCACCCGAUGGAGCGCACUCGAGUCACAAUCUCUCCAGAUCCCUACAGCAGAGAAGUAGAACCUCUGACGGACGACGACGAAGAAGGUUUUACCAUUUCAUAUGCAAUUGACGGCCCUGACAGCCCCGCGCCAAUGUCGAGGUCUAGAAUGAGCUCGAGCUCGAGCUCGAGCUCCAUCCUCGAGUACGAGUCCUGCCCGCGCGACAUCGUUCUGACCGACGACAUCGUUUUGAGCGACGACAGCGUUCAUCUGUACCAUUUUGCGGCGUCGUUCGUCGGCGCGCCCCACGCAGAGGAGGAACCGCCUGCCGGGUUCGACGCCACCGGAGUGAGCAGCUGUUCGGCGGAAGACUUCCGGGGCGACACGUUGGACUCCGCCAGGGAAGGGGAAACGUCUGAGGCAGAGGAGGCCAAGGAGGGCUGUGCCGUCACUGGGGAACCUCUGCUGGAGUCCCUCUCUCGGAUAGACGAGCCUUCUGGCAUCUCAAGACCUGAAGCAGAGUCGAGUCCCGGAGGACACGAUGCGUCAGACUCCGCCAGACGCAUUAGCGUCAACACCACUGGCAGCGAGACCACGACUCCCCCGAGUUUUAAGAUGAGAGACGAGAACUUCAUCGCCUUCAGUACGCCCGCAGAGAGCCUCGCUGUGCACCCACUCCAAGCCGUGACGGAUCCCAUCGUGUCAGCGGGACUCCAAAAAACGCUGCGGAAACCGCGCAAACCUCGCACUCCAAAGGCCAAGUUGAUUAAAAGCCCAGCUCCGGAGGAGGCCAAGCGGAAGCCUCGGGCUCGAACCCCGAAAGUGGAGAAGGUUGAUGCCAACGAAGAGGGAGGCGACAAAGAGGCGGCAGUCAAGGGCAGAAAGAGGAAAAAGUCCCUCAAGGUGGACGGAAAGGAAACGUCUGACGCCAGCGGCGAGGCCGGGCCUCCCACGGGAGAGGUGGAUCCCAUCACGGCCACGAUCGACGCGGUUCUGGCCAGCGCUUUAGCUUUCACCCCAACGGUCGUGAAAGCCAAGAAACGGGUCAAGAAACAAGACCAGCAGGGAAGUGGUGCAAAAACAGCCAAGCAAGAUGGCGAAAAAACGGCCAACGACGGCGAGGACAAUGAUGACGACAGCUCCACUGCAGGUGAAUCCACCAGACAGAGGAGGGUUGCAACGGAGGAGCAGGUUCAGUUCCCGAUGGGACAUGGUUGGAAGAGGGAGAUUCGUGUGAAGAAAAUAGAGGAGCGCAUGAAGGGCGAAACCUGGUACUACACACCCUGCGGACGGAGGAUGAAACAGUUCCCGGAGAUAGUCAAGUACUUGAAGAAACACACGGACAGCGUGGUCGGCAGGGAACACUUCAGCUUCAGCCCGCGCAUGCCCGUUGGAGAUUUCUACGAAGAAAGAGAAACCGCUGAGGGUAAGCAGUGGAUCCUCCUGGCCAACGAGGAGGUUCCCUCGAUGAUCAUGGCGAUCACGGGCCGGCGAGGUCGACCCCCGAACCCCGACAAAGAGAAACCGCGGCGGGUCCGUGCCCUGAAGGUGGGGCAGGCGCGGCGUCCCGGCAGACCCCCCAAACCCACGCUGAUGGACCUCCUCAGCAAAGUCGACGCCAAGCUUUUGAAGCGCCUCGAGGCCAAAGAAGCUCUCACGGAGGAGGAAAAGGAGAAACUUGCGAAAAUCAAGAAGAAACUGAAGAGAAAGGCCAGAAUGAAGAGACGGGAGGAUGCCAAGGUUAAGAAGAUGAAAGUGGAGAAAAACAAGGCCAAGCCUCAGCUCGAGCAAGAGGCACAGGACCCAAAACCGAAGGCUGAGCCGGCCGACCCGACGGCCCCCCAGGCCGCGCAGCCGGCGUCGCCCGCCGAGCCCAAGAAACCGGGGCGCAGGAGGUCGGUGAAGGUAGAGGCCCCUCCGCCGCCGCAGCAGACCGACGAGGAGCGGAUCGCUCAGGGCAAGAGGGUGCUGGGCGCCCGGAGCAAAGCCAAGGCCCUGGCCAAGGCCCAGGCGGAGGCCGAGGCGGCCGCUCAAGCGGCUCUGACCGCUAAGCGGGCGGCAGAGAGGAGGGCGCAGACCCAGAGACGCCUGGAGGAGCGGAAGAGGCAGCAGCUGAUCGCGGAGGAGCUGAAGAAGCCCAUCGAGGACAUGUGCCUCACUGACCACAAACUCCUGCCGGAGCUGUCCCGUAUCCCCGGGGUGGUUCUCUCUGGCAAAGCCUUCGCCCACUGCCUGGCUGUGGUGGAGUUUCUACAUGGCUACGGGAAGAUCAUCGGCCUCAAUAUACCCAAGGACGUCCCCAGCCUCGCCACCCUGCAGGAGGGUCUCUUGGGCCUGGGCAACGGCCAGGGAGAAGUCCAGGACCUUCUGAUCAAGCUGAUGGAGGCGGCUCUCCUCGAUCCAGGCCUGCCAUCCUUUUAUCAGUCAGUAAAGAUCCUCGGCGACAAGCUGGUUGAAACGGAGCUGACUCGCAGCACCGUCUCCGAAGUGCUUCGAGUCUUCUUGGAAUCUCACGGCUACGAGACGGACGUCUGCGACGCGCUGAGGACCAAGACGUUUCACGCCCUGCCUCCGGACACCAAGGCGGCCAUCCUCGGCUUCCUGGUGGACGAGCUCAACAGCAGCAACGCUGUGACGAGUGACAUUGACAACACAUUAGAAAACAUGGCAACUUACAGGAAGAACAAGUGGAUCAUCGAGGGGAAGCUACGCAAACUGAAGGCAGCACUAGCGCGCCGCACGGGCCGCUCGGAGGAGGAGCUUUGCUUUGAGGAGAGGAGGCGCAGUGCCCGAGUGGCGGAGGAGGAGACCCUCAGUCUGGAGGAUGGCGGCCUGGUCUCUGAGAGAGGCAGCCGCCGUGUGCGCAAGGAAGAGCCCAAACUCAGUGAUAGUGAGAGUCCUACUAAUGCCAGCAUCCCAGAGCUCGAAAGGCAGAUCGAUAAGCUAUCCAAGCGCCAAGCGUUUUUCCGGAAAAAGCUGCUACAGUCGUCUCAUUCCAUGCGUGCUGUGCUGCUGGGCCAGGACCGCUACCAGCGCCGGUACUUGGCCCUCCCGCACCUCGGGGGAGUCGUGGUCGAAGGGCCAGAGGAGCUUUUGACUUCUGGAGAAGUCCUUGUAGCCGAGGUUCCCGUCACCUUCCUCAAGAAGGAGCCCAAAGUGGAGGAGAUCCCCACGCCCACCACUCCCCCGCCUACUCUACCGUCCUCCCCCUCCUCUGCUACCUCCGUGCAGCCCCAGAACUCUUGCACGGAGGACGACAGCCUCCCCGGCACGGCGUCCCUCAUGAGCACGCCCAGAGGUCGGGGGCGGCCCCGAAAAAUCAAGCCAGAAGUGGAGCUACACCUGCGCACGGCGAAGAUCCGCCGCCGGCGCCGGAGCAGCGCCAGGUCGCCCGGCGGGGACGCGGGGCCUGGGUCGCCCGGCGGCGCCCCGCAAAACCUCACGCAGGCCGCUUUCCAGAGCUGGCUCAGCCAAUCGCAGGACGCGGCGGCGACCACCACCACCACCACCAACGGCGCCACAUGCGCGGCGGCCGGCGACGCCCCGGAGGGGAAUCGCCCCGAGGAGAGCGUGAAGGAGGUGGCGGAGAAGCAGGGGCAGUGGUUCAACCUGCUCCCCAAACAGCCGUGCGACGAGGACUCCCUGACCGCGAGUCAGAUCCCCGGCUCGCCCCCUAAGCUCCUCCCCCAGCCGGCGGGCGCUCCGCCCGCGAUCGCCGCUCCACUCGCGCAGCCGGACCCGCCCUUGCCGAGCCUGACCGCCGCUGACCUCUCGACCCCGGCAGCACCGCAGGAAGUCCCCCCUGCGCUACCUGCCGCUGCAGCGCCACCGCUCCCCGAGCUUCUUCAGGCUCCCGCUGCUCCCGCCGCGCCCCCCCCGACUACCCCCGCCAAGCCGACGCGCAGGCGGAGGAGAGGCAGCCGAGGCAGCAGCCCGGCUCGCAGGGGGGCGAGAGGAGCAGCGGCCAAGCGCCGCGGCCGCCCCCCCAGCUCCGUGUUCCAGGAGCUCGAGCAGCUGUACUUCACCCAACUGGUGGUCAAGCCGAUACCAGCGUCAAUGGUGCGCGGCUGGUGGUGGAUCAAGGACCCAGAGGAACUGUAUAGCACCUUACAGGCCCUCCAUCCAAGGGGCAUCAGGGAGAAGGUUCUCCACAAACAUUUAGCCAAACACAUGGAGAGUUUAGCCGAGAUGUGCAACAAGCCAAUCGACGACCCUAUAUUUGAGUCCAAGGCAGACGAGAAGGACCUGCUGCUGGAGGCUCUGCAGCAGCCUUGGCAGGUGCAGGAGAAAGCGAUGGAGACCGAUGUUUGCGCCCUGCAGUGGGUGGAGGACCUGGAGCAGCGGGUUGUUGCAGCCGACCUCCAUCUCAAGGCGGCCCCUCAGAGCGCGGUGAACGAGGCCGAGUCCAACGCAGAGACACCGAUGGCUGAAUUCCAGCCCUACACGAUCCCAGACCCCGACUCCACGCGCGGCGACCUGCAGUACUACGAGCACGACGCCGACCCGCGCGAUGACUGGAUCGUGCGGACCAAGAAGGAGUGGUCCGGCCUGCCGCGCGUCGCCACGCACCCCGUGGACCUGGCGGUGCUGCGGCUGGCCAACCUCGAGCGGAACAUCGAGAGGCGCUACCUGAAGGAGCCGCUCUGGAACCCGGCCGAGGUGAUGCGCCUCGCCCCGCUGACGCCCACCCCUGGAGAAGAGCAUCCCAUGGAUGUCUUCAGUCUGGAAAGCGAGAUCACGUCCCGGCUACGAACAUGGCGGCAGGCUCUCGACCGCUGCCGCAGCGCCCCCCAGGUCUGUCUGUGUUUACUGCAGCUGGAGAAGGCCAUUGCAUGGGAGAGAUCUGUCACUAAAGUGAAUUGCCAGGUCUGCAGGGAGGGAGACAACGACGACCUCCUCCUGCUGUGUGACGGCUGUGAUCGCGGCUGCCACAUGUACUGCCUGAGGCCCAAGAUCACCCAGGUGCCGGAGGGGGACUGGUUUUGUCCUACCUGCGUCGCCAAGGACGAGUGUGACGUGCAGCGCUGGUCCAAGACCAGGACCCGGGUGAAGAAGCGGCGAUACGAGGACGACAGCUCCGAGGACGAGACGUCGGCGCGGCGGAGCGGCAGCGGCGGUGGCAUGGCGACGCGGUUCAAGGAGGCGGCGACGCCGCCCUCGUCCGCCCGCCACUCCGGGGAGGGAAGCGCCGCUAAGCGCCGCCGCAUGACGACCCGCAACCAGCCCGACCUCACGUUCUGCGAGAUCAUUCUAAUGGAGAUGGAGGCUCACUCGGAGGCCUGGCCGUUCCUUGAACCCGUCAACCCCCGACUGGUCCCGGGCUACCGCCGCGUCGUCAAAAACCCCAUGGACUUCCUCACCAUGAGAGAGAAGCUGCUGCAGGGAGGGUACGCCAGCUGCGAGGAGUUUGCGGCGGACGCUCAGCUCGUCUUCAACAACUGCGAGCUGUUCAACGAGGACACAUCGGAGGUGGGCGCGGCGGGACACUCCAUGAGGCGCUUCUUUGAGAGCCGCUGGGCGGAGUUCUACUCGAAUAAGGACAAAUGAGUCCACUCCCGGACUGCCAGCGACGUGUAUUCUCUCAUGUAUAGGUAUAUAUAUAUAUAGAGAGAGAGAUUUUGGCUAUUUGUCUGUUAUUGUUUCCUCUGCCGGCGGAAUCUUUUCCAGGCUUGAAACCGGUUUGAACUCGUGCCCAUUCCUCGCCACGGAGAGCGAGAAUGUGCCUCUCUCCACUUUUCAUUCCCCCGUCCUCUCCUCGUCCUCACCUCGGCUCCUCAUCUCAAGUUGGCGUUUCUCCCGUCACCCCCCCCCCCCCUCCGGUCACACUAUCACAGCCUGACCGCUGCGCACUGGACCUGCUCAGCACUGCUCGACGGCUAAAUGGAUCAAAGCUCGGGCCGCCUCCUACCCGUUCAAUGGAAUUGUAAUGUAAUGUGGUCUUAUGCCUAGAAGUAAUUUUUUUGCUCAAUAUAUUUUUAUUAUAUAUUCUAUACAUAAAUAUAUAUAAAGAUUACAAUAGCUGGGAUUAUUUAAUAGCAAUAGCGUGUAGUGGCUGUGUACAGAUUACCUUAUAGAGAUGUCUAGACCUGUUUCUGAAAAAGGCCAGUUAAACUUAAAAUAAUCUGUUCUUGGACUGUCACGAGUAGAUGUUGUAUAACCUCCACUUAGGUCUUGCAGUUUCCACCUACACACGCAGACAUGAACACACACACACACACACACACACACACACCAACCUUCUGCUGCUCUGUGAAAGACACUGGUUUCUGAGACUUGAGGAUUUAUUCGAUGUUGGUCAGCCUGUCCAGGCUUGGACUUUUUUUAUUUCACUGUUCCUCUUGUUAAAAGUAAAUUAUCAUCUAGUUUCACAGACUAUACAACUGAAUGGUUUAUAUGGCAACAAAUAGCUCACACUGAAAGUUUGCUCCAUUAUACUAUCUAGUGGUCACGGGGGGAGACGGCGUUAGCAGGUUAGAACUCUUCUGAGCAGGUAGAAACAUCUAACCCUAGGCUGAAGAUCCUCCCGUUUUAAAGAUUAGAUUUGCAACGAAGCUCUGAUGAUGAGGUUCUGGGCCCCCCCGCCUGGUUUUCUGUCUUACAUUCCUUGUUGAUUUAUUUGUUUUUGUUUUUUUCGUUGUUUUUCAAGGGCCAAUUUGUGAUGUUGCGUUGGCCCGGUGGGUUUGCUAUGAAGGCGACAUGAUGACUCCUCACUCUGGGUUUUAUUUAAACGUGUUUCUUACACUGAACUCAAAAGCCGUUGAUAGGAAAAUAGACUUUUAUGUUCCUUGUGACACUUAAAGGAACUGAUGUUUUUUCAAAAAAGGAAGAAAAAAAAUAGAUAUGAAAACCAAACGUGGUGUUACGUGAAUUUUUAAUAAUGUACAGUUUUGGUGACUUUAAAUUUGUUCCUUUAUAUUUUUAGGACCAAAUCAUCAUUUUUAAGAGGAGGUAUUGCAAGACUCUGUUGUAUUACAGUGAUGUAACACGUGUGCAUCUGUAGAAUGUACUGUGCGUUGAAUAAAAACCACAUCUAGUAGAA